UAGAAGCAUUGUUUGACCUGCUAUUUUAGCCUGUAACCUUUCUCCGAGUGAAGGUAAUUGCUCUCAGCGCACCUUCCGUCUCACGGCCCCCUCCUCGCUUUCGGUCCCACGCAAGGAUCCCCAACUGCGCCGCUUAAUUCAAACCUCGCUCCUGCCCUGGCAACAUCCCUCGCAUUCUGACCUCGCGGAGUCCCUUCGACGACAUCGUUAUUUUGGCCAGAAACAAAGAGGUAGCGCGCGGUGCAUUGUGCGGCCACUUUCGAACAAGCAACGAACGCACGCCACAAGAAUCCGCCCAUGUCCGUUUCCGUCACCCUCACCGCGUCAACUUGUGAGAGGUAGCUUUUUACAAACAAACCAGACGCGCAUAGAAAACAGAAACUGCUGGACAGAUUUUGCAAUUUCUUCAAGUCCCCCAUCCUCACCACAUCUUCACUAUGCCCGAAUCCACAGCACCCACAACGAGGCGCACGCGCUCGUCCAAUCAGCAGACGGCGCACCAGACGUAUGGCUACCACAACACAUUCCACACCCACGCACAGCUGCCGCUCGGCAGCCCACCCGCAUACGCUCGAAUCGACGACAACCUGCGCUAUCUGAACGAGAAGGCACGAACCGAGGCAAAAGCAGAGCGCGCCGAUGUUCUGCCACCACCAUACACAUGCACAGUCGAGAUUGGCGGAGUGCUUGGCGUUCGCCAUGAGCUGCUCUCACCAUUCCACGUGUCCGGCCAGCGCGACUGGUCUGACUGCUACAUAAUCCUUCGUGGAACACAAUUGAGCGUUCACCGAGCGAAGCAGCCAGGCUUGUGGAGCAAGAGCAGACAGCCUACGGCCGGCCGUCUGAUCUCGUCGUACACACUGCAACACGCUGAAGUAGGAAUUGCGUCAGACUUCAAGAAGACAGCUCUGAUUCCAAAAUCGCCAUUCGCACACCUCGUCCCUGCCUCAGCUCGACACAAACUGUACGAGUCCGACCCACAUCUCUUCGAGCCUGUCCGCGAACACGCUAUCCGCAUACGUGUAGAGACAGAGCAAUUGCUGCUAUGUGCUCCCACACAAGAUGUCAUGCUCGACUGGGUCGAAGCAUUCUGUGCCGCUAUCGACAUUAGCUCGCCCAUCGAGGAUCGCAGCGAGCCACGCUACCGAAGUUUGCCUAGGAGGAACAGGCGGCAGCGUAUACUCGAUGGAGCUCAGCUUGGUGAGAAUCUGGACAAUUUGUCGAGCCUGGACGCUGGCAGACGGAUCGUUGCCGAGCAAGAGCGCAUAAUCCGCCAGCUAUACCCGCACUUGGGUGGAGGUCGAGAAAUGGGCAAUGCCACUACCGUAACAGCCACGGCAGACGCCGAACUUGACGAGUUUGAUCCUGAAGACGUGCGCUUCCCCACACGAAACGGCCUCACAUAUAUGUCAUCACAGGACGACGAAGAGGAGCUACCAUCGACGGCUUCAUCUGAUCCCAAGAAUGCAUCGAUCAUUCGACCCACACCCUCCCAGGCUCUCCGCUACCGCCGUCGCUGCGCACCAGUCUUGUUAUCCUCAUCACCUCGAGUCAGCGAUGUUGUGAUCUACGACGGCAAGCGCAUGCGCAUCAACGUCAAGGAGCACACACUCGUCGAACACACAUCCCACCCACCGCGCUACGAUGCACACGGCUUCAAGAAGAAGCGUACACCCAAGCCCACAACAGUCGAGACACCCACCACAGUUGUGAUCGAGAAGAUCAAUGGCUCAGAGAGGCCAGCUUCGCCUAUUCGUGCAACCAGCGACGACUCCAUCGCCUCCAUCACAUUCGGCUACGACCUCGCACCUACAAGCUCAGAGCAGGACGCAGACCGCAUUGACCUUGCCUCGUCUUCUGGUCCACCCUCGCCAACCGCCAUGUCGCAAGCAAAGAUGGAUGCAACGCGCCAGCUUGGCCGCAUGGGCAAGAUCAGGACCAGUAUCGAUGGCCGCGACAACGAAAUCAGCGCUGCCGCUCUUGGAGUUGGCCUGCUCAUCUAAGCGACCUGCAUAUACCCACACACACCUCACUGUAUAUACUUCCUUUUGUUUAUGACAGCGAUUAGCGACAUGGUUUCAUUGUUCAUGGUUGAGCGGCGCAUUCUCGACCGGCAGCGGGAGUUGACCCACUCAACUGCUUUUAGAGAUACCCAACAUCGUUCCCGAGGGGACUGUAGAUACUUCAAUCACACAUCUUCACAUCAUCUGAGGCUGCCAUGU